CGGUCCUCAAGAUUAUCAAUCAUUUUGAGUUGCAUCUAUGCGUGCAUGGUCCUCUGCGGUCAUUUUGUUUGAGUUGAAUCUGUGAGUCAAGUAACGUUAGUGUAUGGUAGCAUCCUCUGAAAAACAAGAGAGAAAAUUAAUGGGGGCAGGGCAAUAAGUUGGGGGAUCUUGAGAGUUUAGCUUCGCAGCGGCGGUUUCCUUUGGAAAUGAGAGGAUAGAUAAGAAUCGGAGUUGGAUCAACGUUGCCGUUUGAGCAGCAGUGAGCAAGGGUUUUCUUGAUUUUUCUCCACGCUGAUCACUCUCAUAGGCCAGUCUGAUGCAAGCAUAUCUAUGAGAAGAACAUCUAAUCUCGCAGGGAUGAUGUACGCUAGCUCUGCAGAACAGACAUCCUCCUCACGUUUCUAUAGAACCUUCUUUGAGUCUGUCAUAGAUUGCAACAGCAGCAUUUGUGGCUGGAGAUUCAGAUUUACUGUGGUUGAUAAUAGUCUGUGCCGUUUACUUAUCCUUUUCCUCUGCAGGUUCAAGUCUAAACUGCUCAGGAACAUUUUGUAAUGAUCAAAGGUGCAAAAGAGGAUCACGAUGACCUCUCAGGUGGAGGAAGAAUCAGACAGACUAAGUCAAUUGCCAGGGCACGUGGAAGAACUGAUUCUAUCACGCUUAUCGAUCAGCGAGGCUGUGAGAAACAGUGUCUUGUUCAGCAGCUGGAGGUACAAGUGGACCGCACUUCUCGAGCUCGUAUUCGAUGAUGACUGCAUGCCUUCUUCCUUUGAUGACGAGUCAUCAGCUCCUUCCCUUGAUGACGAGUCAUCAGGGUUGGCAAAUGCGAUCAAUCAUGUCCUACUGUUUCACACGGGCCCAAUAUGCAAGUUCAGUCAGGGUCUCUCACCACUGUUUUUCACCUGUUCGGGAGGUCCCUCGAUGGAUUUCUUAUCUGUCAAGUGUUGGUAUGCUUUUAAGGCACUUGGGAUAUUGCCCAAUCUACGAUUACAGGGCCUCAAUGUAGAAAUAGACUUUGGCAGUGUUGAGGAGAUUUCAACUGCUCUCUACCUCAUGACACGGUUCCCGAAUCUCGAGGAAGUGCGAUUUUCUGCUCAAGUUGGGGGACCAGAAACCGUGGAUACAAUGAGCAACUUCUGGGAAUGUAACCGUUUGCCAAUGUCACAGCUGAAGUUUGCACCAUUUACUGGGAUUCAGGGCACUAUGUUAGAGAUGGGUUUCAUGAAGUUCCUACUUUUGCAAUCCCAUAUGCUGCCAAGGAUGGAAAUUAGAGUUGUAGGUGACGGUGGAGGCCCCAGCUGGAGACACACUUCUUGGCAUUUGAGCGAGCCUCACCUCUAGCCAAGGUCGUGUAUUUGGGCGAUCGCAGCCCUUAUAUUUCUGCUUUUUGGGAUCCUUAUUUGUCCCCGAACAGAUUACUUUUGUGUU